GCGCUGGGAGCGCUGCGCCUGACCGCUGUCAGCGCUCCUCCCCCGGGGUCGAGUGAAAGGGGCGUCGCUCGCUGCCGCCAUGGCUGGUUGUUGUCAGUCGCUGGCAGCGGGUUAUGGCGACGGCGGUGAAUGAAUUCUCCGGGAGGCAGAGGGAAGAAGAAGGGCUCAGCCGGCUCCAGCUCCGCGCCUCCCGCCGCCGGGGCCUUCCCCUCCGCGCCGUCCGGGCCGGCUUCCCCCGCGCCGCCGGCGGGGGCGGCAGCGGCGGCAGCGGCGUCCCCGCACAAGCGGAACCUGUACUACUUCUCGUACCCGCUGUUCGCUGCCUUCGCCCUGCUCCGCUUCGUCGCCUUCCAGCUCGGGCUGCUGGUCGCCUGGCUCUGCGAGCGUCUCUCCCGCGGCGCACUCAUGGCCGCCAAGAGCAGCAGGGCCGGCGAUGCGCCCGAGCCCGGCGGGGCGGCCGAGCGGGUGCGGGCGUGCCACAAACGGGCCUUCGAGUGCAUCUCCAUGGCGCUGCGCAUCGACGAGGACGAGACAGCAGGACAAAAGGAACAAGCUGUUGAAUGGUAUAAGAAAGGAAUUGAAGAACUGGAAAGAGGAAUAGCUGUCUUAGUUGUUGGUCAAGGUGAUCAGUGUGAUCGGGCUCGACGUCUGCAGUCUAAAAUGAUGACAAAUUUGGCAAUGGCCAAGGAUCGCUUGCAGCUUUUAGAGAAGCUGCAGGCAGAUUUGCAAAUUUCCAAGCCGCAAAUGGAGGUCUAUAAUGACAGUACUAACCUGGCAUGCCGCAAUGGACAUCUCCAGUCAGAAAGUGGAGCAGUUCCAAAAAAGAAGGAUCCCUUAACACACACAAGUAAUUCCCUUCCACGUUCAAAAACAGUUGCAAAAACUGGAUCCACAGGCCUUUCAGGCCACCAUAGAACACCUAGCUACAGUGGGAUAUCAAGUGCUUCUGUGUCUAGACCAGCAACAAACCCUACAACUUCAACUCACAAGGCUGCUCCCAAAAAUAGCAGAACAAAUAAGCCUUCUACUCCUACCCCUGCUGCUCGAAAGAAGAAAGACAUGAAAAUAUUUAGGAAUGUGGACAGUAAUCUUGCUAAUCUUAUCCUGAAUGAAAUUGUUGAUAGUGGGCCAGCUGUCAAAUUUGAUGAUAUCGCAGGGCAGGAACUGGCUAAACAAGCUUUGCAAGAAAUUGUUAUCCUUCCUUCUCUUAGACCUGAGUUAUUUACAGGACUUAGAGCUCCUGCACGUGGAUUGUUGCUCUUUGGCCCACCAGGAAAUGGGAAGACAAUGCUGGCCAAAGCAGUUGCUGCAGAAUCAAAUGCUACUUUCUUCAAUAUCAGUGCUGCAAGCCUAACUUCAAAAUACGUGGGUGAAGGUGAGAAAUUGGUGCGUGCUCUAUUUGCAGUAGCCAGAGAACUGCAGCCUUCUAUAAUUUUUAUUGAUGAAGUUGAUAGCCUUUUGUGUGAAAGACGAGAAGGUGAACAUGAUGCUAGCAGGCGUCUAAAAACAGAAUUCUUAAUAGAAUUUGAUGGUGUGCAGUCUUCUGGAGAGGACAGAAUACUUGUGAUGGGAGCAACAAACAGGCCACAGGAGCUUGAUGAUGCUGUUCUCAGACGGUUCACCAAACGGGUAUAUGUAUCUUUACCAAAUGAGGAAACGAGAUUGGUUUUGCUAAAGAAUCUUCUAAGCAAACAAGGAAGUCCGUUGACCCAAAAAGAGUUGGCACAGCUAGCAAGAAUGACAGAUGGAUACUCUGGAAGUGAUUUAACUGCAUUAGCAAAGGAUGCAGCAUUGGGUCCUAUCCGAGAAUUAAAACCAGAGCAAGUGAAGAACAUGUCUGCCAGUGAGAUGAGAAAUAUUAAAUUAUCAGAUUUCACUGAGUCUUUGAAGAAGAUAAAGCGUAGUUUGAGCCCUCAGACACUGGAAGCGUACAUUCGUUGGAACAAGGACUUUGGAGAUACCACGGUGUGAAGCACUACUUUAAGUGGAACGGAAUGCUGCCUAAGGAGCAGGAGUACAGACUACUGGAAAGCAGCCAAAGUUUACAGGACUUGGCAGAUCUUUGAGUAUCUGCGUUAAAACUUGAGAAUAUGAAAAAAAUUAUACAAUGUGAAAUAAAUUCAUCAAAGCCUCCUUGCCGUUUAGUGAGGAUUUACACACUGUAAGUAAGAGCACAAUAGGACUUUGGAUAAGAUUCCUACCAAUCUGAUCAUAGUUUGAACAGUAUGCAUAUUUUGUUUCAGUUGGAAGGCUCUGAUGAUAUUGAUCAUUGGAAGACCUUUUCCCUAUGUUGUGUGUUAUUUUCGUUUUUAAUUCUGCUAUGACAUUAAUGUCUGGCUUCCUGGUAACUACUAAUAGUUGGAUUUUUUUGUAACCUUUGGUUCUGCUUUUGUCUUUUUUUUAUUUUACCUUUAAUGUGCCAAAUAAAACAAAUUCCCUGUGUAAAGAUGAAGAACAGCAUUGGGGGAUUACAACUAUCAAAAUGUAAAAUGCAGCUGGUCUGUUAUUAUUUGUCUUUGUUUAGUUGUAUGUGAGUGCAUUGUUCAUGGAACAGUUCUAGAAAAGACCUUUGAUAGCAGAACAGCAAAAAAAGAAAAACUACAAAACCAGUUCAAACUGUUUUGUUUUUUUUUUUUUUUAAAAGUAAAAUACUAAAUAAAAAGUAGACUAAGACGUUCACUUACUGGCAGUAUUUUCUCUUAAUGCAAUUUGUAAUGUUUCCAUUGGUAGAAUGUUAGCUUAUGCUUAUGGUGUGCAACUUGAAGGCCAGCUGUUUGAGAGAGUAAGUGAUGCUAAUUGUCAAGUUUCAGAAAUGUGUUUCUACUUUGUAUUUUGGUCUGGCUCCAGCCAUUGAAAGUGAAAUUUCCAUUGUGUAAUUUUUUUAAUCUACACAUUUAACCUUUAAACAUAAGGCUACAUGUUUAAUACAUUGCGAACAUUAAUGUUUUUAUAGCUUUCAUAUGUUUUGGUUUAUAUAUUAAAGUAUGAAACACUCAACUGAUCUGCUUUUUUUGAAAGAAACUGCAUCUUUGUACAAAUACUUGGAUUUUUAUUAUAUAAAUGACAAGCUAUUAAAAAAAUGUGAGCCUUUAAAUGCUGUAAUAAAACAUCUCUGCCUUUACUUCUAAAGGCCUGACAUCUUGUUUACAAAUUCUGCAUCAAUCAAACACUGAGAUGUUUGUAAGGCAGAAUGCUAGUUCCUUGUUAGAGCAGUUUUAAAAUUAAAGACAUCUCUCCCAACUUA